GAGAAUUGGCCCGGAUGUUUCGCCUUCACCUGGCUCUAGCCAUUGGCGAGGGGAAGGAAACAAUAAAAUCGUAUCCAACAGCUGCUGUGGUUGAAUGCUUGAAUUUCCAUGACUUUCUUUGAAUAAUUCUUGCCGGUUGCGAAGGUAGUUAGAAAUUACCGGCAAUAUUCCAAUGUUCUAAUGUUCAAACUUAAAACCCAGAUCCUGUUACUCACAAACAAUGAUACGCUUCGCCUACUCUCAGCUUCUACGAGAAACCGUUAUUUUCACCAACUAGUUCCUUGUACCCAGAUUCAACCACCACUAGAAUCUCAUUUUUCUCAGACUCUGGACCCCAUGGUUUACAUAUCUAUGCUGCUGAACUGUAGAAACGUAUUUCAGAUUAGACAAGUUCAUACCCAGGUGCUUGUGAUUGGGAUGCUCCGACACCUCAUUGUGGCUAACAAGCUAUUAUACACAUAUGCACAGCAUAAGGCUAUGGGUGAUGCUUACGUCUUAUUUGCUGGGAUGAGAGAGAGAGACUCAGUUACUUGGAAUGUAAUGAUUGGUGGGCUUGCUAAAGCUGGUGAUUAUAUGAAUUGUUUUGGGAUAUUUAGGGAGGUUAUUCGAUGUGGGGCGCGGCCAGAUAAUUAUACAUUGCCUUUCAUGAUAAGGGCCUGUAGGGAUAUAGUGGACCUCCAAAUGGGUAGAGUGAUUCACGACAUUGGUUUGAAAUGCGGGUUGGAGCCGGAUCAUUUUGUCUGUGCUGCGCUCGUGGACAUGUAUGUGAAAUGUAGGGCAAUGGAGGAUGCUCGACUAUUGUUUGAUAAAAUGCAAAAUAGGAACCUUGUGACCUGGACAAUGAUGAUUGGUGCGUAUGCUGAGUAUGGGAAUGCUAAAGAGUCGUUGGUUUUGUUUGAUAGGAUGAGAGAUCAAGACAUUGUCCCUGAUAAGGUUGCUAUGCUGAUGGUGGUUUAUGCAUGUGCAAAACUGGGGGCUAUGCAUAAGGCGAUAUUUAUUCAUGAUUAUAUUUGUAGGAAUAAGUUUUCAUUGGAUAUUACCUUGGGAACUGCCAUGAUUGAUAUGUAUGCUAAGUGCGGGAAUGUUGAUUCUGCGAAGGAAAUCUUUGAUGGAAUGCAAGAAAAGAAUGUUGUCUCAUGGAGUGCUAUGAUUGCAGCUUAUGGGUAUCAUGGACAGGGAAGGAAAGCUCUUGCUCUAUUCCCUAUGAUGUUGCGAAGUGGGAUAUCACCGAAUAGGAUCACUUAUAUUUCACUCUUAUAUGCGUGUAGUCAUGCAGGUUUGGUUGAAGAGGGCCUUCAAUUAUUCUCCUCGAUGUGGGAUGAUCAUGGGGUGAGACCAGAUGUGAAACACUAUACUUGUAUGGUUGAUCUCUUGGGCCGUGCGGGGAGACUUGAUGAGGCAUUGAAACUGAUUGAGAAUAUGACAGUUGAGAAAGAUGAGGGGCUUUGGGGUGCUUUGCUUGGGGCAUGCAGAAUCUAUGGCCAUAUGGACCUGGCUGAAAAGGCCGCAGAAUCCCUUCUUAAGCUCCAGCCUCAGAACCCAGGGCGCUAUGUAUUGCUUUCAAAUAUAUAUGCAAAAGCAGGAAGGUGGAAAGAUGUGGCAAAGAUCAGGAAUAUGAUGAUGCGAAGGAGAUUAAAAAAGGUUCCUGGUUGGACUUGGAUUGAGGUGGAUAAAAUAAUUUAUCAAUUUAGUGUGGGCGACAAAACCCAUCCUCAGUCAGAGGAGAUCUAUGGCAUGCUGCAAAGUUUGAGCAAGAGGUUGGAGUUGGCUGGUUAUGUCCCUGACACAAAUUUUGUGUUGCAUGAUGUUGAAGAGGAAGUUAAGCUAGGAAUUUUGUACACGCAUAGUGAGAAGUUGGCAAUAGCAUUUGGCCUUUUUGCAACACCUGAGGGAACUCCUAUCAGGAUUACAAAAAAUCUUAGGGUUUGUGGUGACUGUCACACAUUCAGUAAGAUGGUGUCAGCCGUUACACAGAGGGAGAUCAUUGUUCGAGAUGCCAGUCGAUUUCACCACUUCAAGAUGGGGGCCUGCUCGUGUGAUGAUUAUUGGUAACUUGCUUACUUGAGAGCAGCCAAAGCAUGAAUGGUAUAUUUGGGUAGUUUGGUUAAACUCAAAUUUAUCGAAGAAGAAUGUCCGUCAUAUAUCUGUGAAACACAUUUGUCACUAUAGAAGCCAUCUGGGACUUGCAGUGCGACUUUUUGGUUGAUGCUUUGGACAGUCUCGCAUCAUAACUUAUACAGGCAGGUGAUCGAAGGUACGAAUAUCUAUGCUCGUAUGUAAUGCUUGGGCGCAAUGUAAAGCAUGUAUUACAGGUGAGUCUUAACCUUACUGGAUGAGUACCAUACAAUCGGAACAUAUUAUCCUAAGAAAGAUAUGUACCUGAUACCACAUUUUUUGAUGGUUGGAGUGAGCUGAGAUAUGACUACGGCUGCGUUUAUGCCUCAAAGACAUUCUUUGAUGCUGGGAAGAACCGAAGGAUUUUGUGGGGUUGGGCUAAGAGGCUGAUACACAUCAAGAUGUUACUAGUAAAAGAUGGGCUGGAAUUCAGAAUCGUAUCAGGCUGUUCCGAGAAUGGUGUGGCUUGGUACUAGUGGGAAGCAAUUGUUACAAUGGCCUAUUGGAGAAUAAUUAUUGUUAGAGGGGAGAAAUUUCAAAUAUUCGAUAAACCAGUCAAAAGGAUCGAUCAUUCUGCUGUGGAAAGUUUUGGAGCUGGGGGCCAAAACGUAUAUCACAUCUAGGGUCGCUUACAGUCUUCCAUUACGCUUACUUGUUCGCAUUUAACAAAGGGACACAGAAUAUCAUCGUUGAGACUCUAAAUGCAUGGAGCAUGGAUAGCGCUUAAGUAAGCCGAAGCAGAUAAGCAUUGAAGCGCGAAAGUCUAGUACUAACGAGUUGAAUCCUAUGGAUUAAGAAUUAUCAUGUUGUCCAAAGCAUCUGGCGUGCAAUUGCACAUACCUCUCACAAACAUAAGGAUUUCAUAUGUUGUUUCCUCCAAUAUAGGACCCUUUCUGUACAAUUUUUUAUGGUUGCUUUUUUGCAAACAUACAAUGAAAUAGUCCAAGCUUAUACAA